GGGCCGGGUGAUCGGCGGGCGGCGCGGCGCGGCGGCGCAGCAGCGCUCUGAUGGCGGUGAGCCGGCAGCUCGCCCUCCGCUUGGCCUACGCGGCGGCCGGCGCCCUCAUGGGCUUCUCGGCCUUCUUCACCUGGAGCCUGGCUCCGGCCUUCCGACAGCCCGCCACGGCGGCGGCGGGGGGGCUUUCGGGUGUUCUGGCGCUCUGGGCCCUAAUCACGCAUGUGAUGUAUGUGCAGGAUUACUGGAGGACCUGGUUAAAAGGGCUGAGGUUCUUCCUCUUCAUCGGGAUCCUCUUCUCAGCUCUCUCAGUGGUGGGAUUCUGCACAUUCCUCGUUCUGGCCAUCACCAAGCACCAGUCCCUGACUGAUCCCAGAAGCUACUACCUGUCGUGCGUCUGGAGUUUCAUCUCCUUGAAAUGGGCCUUCCUGCUCAGUUUGUACGCUUACCGGUACAGGAACGAGUUUGCAGACAUCAGUAUCCUCAGUGACUUCUAACGCUUGGACUUCAAUCCUCUCUGAAGGUGCUGGAUGUUUGAAUUGCCCCCCAAAGGCAUGGUACACACAAGAGAUGUACGAGAGGCAGAGAAGGAACCCACCCAGUGCUGCUUGGUUUGUCUGUCUGCAGUAGGGGUUUUUCCUAAUUGCUUUUACUCAACCAUUUAAAGUUUGGCUAAUUAUGUCAAUCUAGUCUUUCUGUAACCUCCCUGGGAGUCCCUGUGUCUGGUGGUGAGGCAAAAGACUCCACGUGCUUACACACAGCAGGCCUAGAUCCACUCUUUGGGUUGCUCCCAGUGCAGGGCAGCUCUCGGGUGGAAGUCCUGGGCCUUCCAGGAGCUGGAGGUUCGUACCUCAUGGCUGCAGCACCCCGACAUCUUGUCCUUGUGAGUGCCCCAGAUGUGUGGAGCAAAGAACCCUGCUGUGUGAAAGUCAGCUCCUUUUGCACUGCUCCUCAGAGAGAGAGGGAGAGAUGAGCCUUCCUUUGCAGCAGAAAUCCCUACGUACCUUUCAGCCCGUACCCCGCAUCUUCUGGUAUUUUCUUUUUACACAGUGUACACAAAGUCAGCUCUCUCCUGUGGUCUGGAUGAGCCCCAAGGGACAGGCCAGCAGCAGAGGAGCACUAGUCAUCUCAAGGCUCUGUCAGAGGUGGAGAAUGCUGAUUCUGGCUGCUAUCCAGGAUCAUUUUAAAAAGGAACUUAAUACCAUAUUUCACACUCAAAUUUGUAGCAUGUCGAAUCAGGUGUUUGGGUGAAAGAUGUGCUGGGCAAAGGCUUACCUACCUGAACCUCUGGAGAAACAUGAAUACGAUUCUUCUAAAAAAAAAAAAAAAGAAUAAUAGUUUUUGUAGGCAGUACUAUGUUUCCUUUUCUUUGCUCAGCUUCUCUGUAACAGCAGGAUGAGAGAGGGAAGGAGACAUGGGACUCAAUAAUGCGAAAGGUACCCAGGGUCAGCUCCCAGCAAGUGUCACCGGCAUAAUGGUGACAGGUCUACACUCGUGGUGUGCGGGAAACGGCUGGGCUUGACCAGCACGUCUUUUGCCUGAUGGCAGUGAAGCCUUCCCUCUGCAUUUCAUCCGUGCACGGCACUGCUCUGACAAACCCAAAACCUGAGUGGAUUUACUGGCCUCUUCAGUCCCGGUGUUGUGCUCCCUGCUGGCAGCUACCCUGAGAAGCUUGAAACCUUCAACAUCAUCCUUGUUAACUGUACGUCCUUCAGGCUGGGUAAAGGUUUUGGGCUGCUGCUCUGGCAGAAUCCAGGCCAGUGUUUUGCCUUGUUGGGGCGAUGGUGCUGGCUGCUACAAACUGGAAAUGGCAACUUCCAUGAAUAAUUCUGUAGGUGGGUGAGAAGAGAGGCAGAGGAAGCCCCUGGAAAGGUGAACAAGGCAGGCGUUUGAAGGAGUCUCCCAGACAGGGUUGUCCUGCUGCUUCUCAGGGUGCUGCUGGAGCCUUCCCUGAAGUGCCUUUUUGGCAAUCUGUGUGGCAGGGACCUGCUCAGGGGUUUGUGACCAAGUGAGGUGCGAGCGGAAGGUCCUAGGUGCUCUGACGUCAGCCCAGCUUUCUCUCGUGCCACACACAAAACUCCUGGUCUGGUUUUGCGCAGCCGUCUGCCGGGGAGUAUCUUGGACUGUCCUUUGUUACCUUAUCCUAGCGGUGUGCUCUGACUUAGCCGUGUGUGAAUCCCUCUCCACACUCGAAGGCUCCAUCCACGCCUUCGCUGCUCUGGGUUUUGCUUGGGAAGAUGAGUGGUUCAAGCACGCAGUAACUCAUUUGAGCUGUUGAGGGGAUUUUGGAAGUGUUUCCCAGCACCUGUUGAUAGCGUUCCCUGGCUUCUUGGGUAGGAAGAUCCUCAAGUGACUUAAUUAGAUCGAGGAACACCUUUAGGUCAACACGUAAACCAAGGUUGCAGCCAGCUCUUGCCAGGGCACCUGCCGGAGUCGCUAAACCCAGCCAAAGGCUGUCGAUGUGGCAUGUGCUUACUUAGGAGACUAAUACUCGGGCUUUUAAAUGCUAAAAUCUCCCUUGCUGCUGAGGUCAGGCUGCCGGCAUGCCUAGCAGAGGACGGAAUAGCUCAUCUCGCUUCUCUGCCCAAAGCCGUGGCACCCACUGAGGGGUUUGCAAGUGGUUUUAGCAUCGGUCGUUUCAAUAAAAGCCAUCUCUCGUCACACAACGCUGCCCACGCGGUGCGAGCCCCGGCUCCGAUAACCGGGUUGUGGCGUUCUUGGGACGCAGAAAUCCCGACUCUGGUGAGAGUGCUGGAGCUGUGUCGCUGCUUUCCGCCAAGCAUCGUCCCCGUCUGUCACUAAAUUGCUGAGCCCUUCCGUCUGCGUGACGGGACAUCAGGGGCUCCUUUCUUGGGCACGUGUCCAAAAGUCCUGUCGGCUUCCCCCAGGGGUUUUUAAAGUUUAUUUUUGUGACUGUAAAUUUGCCUACAAACAGCUCGCUGAAUCUAACCCCUCUCGUCUCCCUGACAUGUUUUAGCUCUGGAAUUUAUACUUGCAUCUCAGCUUUUUAAAAGAUUGUGUAUGUAAAUAUAUAAUAUAUUUUUACAUUGUUUAUGCUUCGUUUGCACGCUUGGUGUAAGAUUUGGUCCUGCGGUGGGACGAUGUAAUUCACAGUGGGGUUCAUUUGUGUGUAUCCCAGUGUCUCCUUGUACUAAGCCACACUAUAACUUGUAUGUGACACCACAGUAAGAGCAGAAAUACAGUCGUCUUUCUCACCAAA